UGGGUGUUGGUGACAGAGGGGCAGAUCUGGCUGAACUGUAGUCUAUCAUUCAUGUAGAGUAGCGUUUGUCUCUCACACAGUUUGGAGACACGUCUGUGUGUUUGUGUAACGCUGUCGGGCGUAAUGGCGACUUGUGACGAAGUGCGGGAAAAUGUGAAGAAGUACUAUGGCAGCCUCCUGGAGUCCACUGGUGACCUGCAGACUAGUGCCUCCUCCUGCAGCGUGUCCUGCCGCCCGCUGCCAAAGAGUGUCAGAGAUGCUCUCAACCAGGUUCACCUGGAGGUGACCAACAAAUUCUUCGGCUGCGGCCUCCCCUUCCCAGCAAAGCUCGAGGGCUGCAGGGUCCUGGACCUCGGCAGCGGCUCUGGCAGAGACUCCUACGCCUUCAGUAAACUGGUUGGCGAGAGCGGACACGUGACGGGGAUCGAUAUGACAGAGGAGCUGGUCACAACGUCUCGUCAGUACAUAGAGUAUCACCAGAAGACGUUCGGCUACAAGCAGCCCAACGUGUCUUUUGUCCUGGGGUACAUGGAGAAGCUGAGUGAGGCCGGCAUACAGAGUGACUCGUUUGAUGUUGUGCUAUCCAACUGCGUGAUCUGUUUGUGUGCUGAUAAAAGAGCCGUGCUGCAGCAAGCUUACAAUGUCCUGAAGGAGGGAGGUGAACUCUACUUUAGUGACAUGUAUGCCAGCAAAGUCAUUCCCGACCACAUGAAGACAGAUCCACGCCUGUGGGGUGAAGGAAUGGGCGGCUCUCUGUUCUGGCAGGAUCUGAUUUCGUUGGCCCACAGCGUAGGAUUCAGCACGCCUUACCUCGUCUCAUCGAGCCGAAUUGUGGUCUAUAACAAUGAGCUCAAAGCAAAAGCAGGUGACAUCACCUAUGCUUCGUCCACCUACCGGAUGUUUAAGCUGCCCAAAAGUCCAGUCAUGUCUAAGGCAACGGUGACCUAUAAAGGAACGGUGGCUGACUUCCCAGACCAGCUGGACUUUGAUUCCUCCAACUGUUUCAAGAAAGAUGUGGCCGUAGAAGUAAAUGGAGAGAUGGCAGCGAUCCUCCAGAGUUCCCGUUUCUCUCCAGAUUUUGAUAUCCAGAUAUCAGAUAAACCGGACAAGUCCGGCUCUGAGUCAACACCUCAGUACUGUCACCUCAACCCGUUCCUGCUGGCAGACAAACUGGGAUCAUCGGUGAAACAGUGCUCCAAAAUUAGUAAAUAGAGGUAAAGCUGAAUCCUGAGGGAAAUGUUUGUGAUUAACACUGAAUAGAACCACGGAAAUAAAACUGUAACAUGUUUUUAGACUUUGAUUAUUUGAUUUUGAAGUCCAUAACUGUAUAUUAGAAACAAAUCAUUUAAGGUGCUAAUCAUCAACAACCCCUUAUCAUGUAGCUGAGGACAAUUGUCUCAGAUGAUUUGUGAAUAUCAUCACAGUUUACAGUCGUGUUUGGCAGCACAUGUCACACUGAUAUGCUAAUAAAUAAACAAAAAGUGUCCAGAUACUAAAAUCAAA